UAAUAAAGAUCAAACCAGGAAUCACCGAAUCUAAAUUUCGGACUCGCUCCUGACGUUUCUGGGUCACGGUCUGGCUGCAGGACGAAGCCCCGACCCACCAGUCGGUCUUCCUCUGCCCAGUCUGACACCAGUUUACCAGUAACAGUGUCGGUCCAAAGGUGAAUCGGAGGGAGUAGUACCUCAGCUGGUUCCGGCUCCGAGGGUUCGUCGGUCAUCGACAGGAACCGUUUGCAUCAACUUUCGAGGCUUCAUUUUCUUCCUCUGCUGCAGGACGAAGCUGGAAACGAACCAGUUUCUAACCCCUGAAGAAAAACACUCUCUUCUGUCAGGUUUAUGGCAUUUUUCCUCUUUGGUGACAUAAACUGUUUCUCCCUGUGUGUGUGUGUGUGUGUGUGUGAGUGAGAGAGAGAGAGAGCGUUGGUGUGAGGGGGGUGUUGAACUUUUCCCCGGAAGUCUACGGCUGCAGCAGCAGAAGUUGCUCCUGUUAGCUCCUGGACCCAACAGUCCCUCAACUUUAAAAACGAAACCGUCAGAUUUUCAUCUAGCGGCUGAACCGGCGAGAUGGAUGCCGCCACGGCUUCCCCGGAAGCAGCUGAAGAACUCGGUAAUGUUCGGAUCAAAAUGGAGCCAGACGGAGACGUGGAGAUCCAGUCGUAUCCCGUCCUCAAGAAGCUGUCCGUCAAACUGACCGACUGCAGGGUGUGGCUGGAGGGGCGGGACUUCCUGUCUCUUUACGAUCACCCUCAGCUCUGUAACCAGAGACUGAGGCACCACCGCCCGACGAACACCGGCAGGAAGAUGGUCUACUGCUCUGAGUGUAAGAAAGGUUUCUAUAAGAAGUCUCACUUGGAGGCUCACCUGAGGAUCCACCGAGGUCUGAAGCCCAACGAGUGCUGGCAGUGUGGGAAGACCUAUCCGACCCUGAUGAGCCUCGUCAUCCACCAGCAGAUCCACGACCGCAAGGAGCCCUACCAGUGCUCGUACUGCGACAAGACCUUCGCUCUGAAGAGGGACUGGAAGACCCACCACCGGACACACUCCGGGACCAAACCCUUCAAGUGCUGGUUCUGCGGGGACGGCUUCAACGAACAGGAUGAGCUCACCGAGCACCUGGAGGUGCACAAGGGUGAGAAAUGCUACCACUGCAAAGUCUGCGACAAGAUGUUCGUCUCUUACCAGGGCUUCAACUUCCACCGCAAGUCGCACAAGAGCCAGAAGCUGCUGCCCUGCUCUAAAUGCAUGAAGACCUUUAGCAACCCUCAGAGUCUGAAGCUCCACCAGGUGACUCACUCCAACAGGAAGCCACAUAAAUGCCCCACCUGCGGCAAAGGCUUCAAGCUGCAGAGCGGCCUGCACUGCCACCAGAGGACCCACGAGGACCUGAAGGCCUACCACUGCACCGAGUGCGGCAAGUGUUUCUCCAGCCUGCAAGGUCUGAAACUGCACAACCGCACCCACACUGGACUGAAGCCCUACAAAUGCACAGAGUGCGGGAAGAGGUUCACUCAGUCCCCCCACCUCAAGUCUCAUAUGGUCACCCACACUGGAGAGCGGCCGUUCCUCUGCACCACCUGCGGCAAGAGAUUCACCCAGUCGUCCCACCUGAGAUCCCACAUCACACUGUUCCAUGUGGGCGAGAAGCCGUUCACCUGCGAUGACUGCGGGAAGAGCUUCACCAUCGCCCACUACCUGAAGAUGCACCGGCUGAGCCACACCAAGGAGAAGCGCUACCAGUGCUCAUACUGCGAGAAGUCCUUCUCUUACCAUAACUCCUGGAGGGCCCACGAGAGGAUCCACACCGGCGAGCGUCCGUUCAGCUGCCAGGACUGCGGUCAGACCUUCAUCACAUCGGGCUCGCUGCUGAGCCACCAGAGAUCCAAACACACUGGAGAGAAGAGCCACUACUGCAUCACCUGCGGAGAGUUCUUCUUCACCAGCUCGCUGCUACGAGUCCACCAGCUCGACCACACCGGUGAGCGGCCGCACGCCUGCAGCUGUGGCAAGACCUUUAAAACCAAAGGAGUGCUGCGCUACCACCUGAAGAGGUUCACCGACCACCGGCCGGCCGAGUGAACUUCUGUCGGGAGGCACAAACUGUGACUGCCCAGAAACACCUUCUGGUUGCCUGAAAACACAUCUGACAGAGACGUGAAGCACAUGUUGACACAUGUGAUUCAGCGUGACUUCCACUUCCUGAGGACAUCAUCAUCUCUGAUGUCCCUCCAGAAUAAAGCUCCAGAAAUCCACUUAGAAAUCAGAGGAAAAAGAGGCUGCAGCACUUCCUUCAGAAUCAUCAGGUUUUUGAGUUUUCUUCAGUAUCACAGUGAUCCAGUGGUAGGUAGAUACAUCUGGUUGGGAUAGAAAGUCUUGCUGCUGCUCAUUUAACAAACACGAGAGCUUUCUGUCAGCAGUUACAGGUUUUUCUCUUUCCAAAGUGUUUGUGGAUUUUAAAACCCAAAGCUGCUUCCACGGAACAAUUUACUUUGCCGUUUUGUGUAUUUUUUUCUGAAGUCAGCUGAUGAGCGACUAAGACGCUAAUUUUAAAAAAAACUGCUCGCACAAACAUGAAGAACUUGUUUUGAAAGUUAAGUCUUUGGACCGACGGACCAGUUUUAGGAUGUGCACAGCUGGCUGAUGAUCACUUUUUAAUUGUUGAUGUUCACAGUCGGAAUAGUUUUAUUUUGUGUCAUUUAACAUUACCUUUCUUUUUUUUACAGAACAUGAAAUGAUAUAAAUGCUUUAACACUUCUCCUCCUCCCAGCUGCUCUCCAUCACUCCGUCUGUCCCCAUCAGCUUGUCUCAAAUGUUUCUUAAAAAGCUGUUUUAACAUUAAACGCUCGGUAUAAAGGAACAACACUGAGACUUAACACUAAGAAACCUUGAAUUGAUUCUGCUGCUCAGCGUUAUUAUGUCCGAAAGAACUGAACAGACAAAUAGACGUCACAUUUUAAAGACAAUAAAUCACACAAAGAAAAAUGACUGGAAGAAGAACUUCAGGUGUUUGGACCCGAAUCGGUUUGAGGUUAAAGGAACAGUCCAGACUUUUUUGUUCAGUCACUUUGUUCACUCUGUUUUCAUGAGUCAGAUACUAAGACGGACAUCGGUGUGUAUGUGCGUGUGGACCACUUUCAUUUUGAAACCAUGGUAGUGAGGACAUUUUGUCCGGUCCUCACUGUUUCAGAUGUGUAUUUUAAGGUUCAGGUUAGAACCAGGGAUAUGUUAGGUGGUAGGGGCUACGGCAUGCAUGAUAUGAAUGAGGGUCCUCACAAGUAUAGAAAGACAAACGUGUGUGGCAGGUCUAUUAAAAUAAACAUGUAUGAAGCACUUUGUAACUUUAUGGGCUGAAAGUGCAGAGCUGAACCAGGUUUCUUUUUAAUCCACGUUUGUUAGUUUCAUGACGUUACAGUUCAUGUGAGUCAGAGGUCAGAGGUCACCGUGUGUCUUACUGAGAGACACAGGUAUCACACGGCUUGUUCAGCUUCUGGCUUAAAGUUUGCGGUCCAGCUCUCUGAGGUUCACAUGUUCGGUUCCAACCAAGUGGAGACUUUAUCACGAAAUAGACUUAAACAGUUGAUUAGUGUGGUGAGGUUAAGAAAAUAUAAAAUCCCGAAUAUAAAUGCAGUUUUUGAACAUGAACUCACCUACACUGAGUCCAUUACAGGGUUGUGGACUCGAGUCAUGUGACCUGGACAAAACCCGAUGGCUCGACUUGAUAAAAUAACGAAAGAAAAAUAAACAAACUUGCAUCUGGACUUUGACUUUAACACUAAGGACUCGGGAUGUUUAGUUUUUUUACUGUGAAUGACUUGAUUUUCUCACCAAGCACAAACAAUUUGGACUUGCUGGUCUCGACCUGGGACUUGUUGGUCUGUACUCUGGACUUGUUGGUCUGUACUCUGGACUUGUUGGUCUGUACUCUGGACUUGUUGGUCUGUACUCUGGACUUGUUGGUCUUGACAUGGGACUUGUUGGUCUGUACUCUGGACUUGUUGGUCUUGACAUGGGACUUGUUGGUCUGUACUCUGGACUUGUUGGUCUGUACUCUGGACUUGUUGGUCUUGACAUGGGACUUGUUGGUCUGUACUCUGGACUUGUUGGUCUUGACAUGGGACUUGUUGAUCUGUACUCUGGACUUGUUGGUCUUGACAUGGGACUUGUUGGUCUUGACAUGGGACUUGUCGGUCUGUACUCGGGACUUGUUGUUCUUGACCUGGGACUUGUCGGUCUUGACCUGGGACUUGCUGGUCUCGACCUGGGACUUGUUGAUCUGUACUCUGGACUUGUUGAUCUGUACUCUGGACUUGUUGGUCUGUACUCUGGACUUGUUGGUCUUGACAUGGGACUUGUUGGUCUUGACAUGGGACUUGUUGAUCUGUACUCUGGACUUGUUGGUCUUGACAUGGGACUUGUUGGUCUUGACAUGGGACUUGUUGGUCUUGACAUGGGACUUGUCGCUCUGGACUCUGGGACUUGUUGUUCUUGACCUGGGACUUGUCGGUCUUGACCUGGGACUUGCUGGUCUCGACCUGGGACUUGUUGAUCUGUACUCUGGACUUGUUGGUCUUGACCUGGGACUUGUUGAUCUGUACUCUGGACUUGUUGGUCUUGACCUGGGACUUGUUGAUCUGUACUCUGGACUUGUUGGUCUUGACCUGGGACUUGUUGGUCUGGGCUCUGGACUUGUUGGUCUUGACCUGGGACUUGUUGGUCUGGGCUCUGGACUUGUUGGUCUUGACCUGGGACUUGUUGGUCUGGGCUCUGGACUUGUUGGUCUUGACAUGGGACUUGUUGGUCUUGACAUGGGACUUGUUGGUCUUGACAUGGGACUUGUUGGUCUGUACUCUGGACUUGUUGGUCUUGACAUGGGACUUGUUGAUCUGUACUCUGGACUUGUUGGUCUUGACAUGGGACUUGUCGGUCUUGACAUGGGACUUGUCGCUCUGGACUCUGGGACUUGUCGCUCUGGACUCUGGGACUUGCUGGUCUCGACCUGGGACUUGCUGGUCUCGACCUGGGACUUGUUGGUCUUGACCUUGCACUUGUUGGUCUUGACCUGGGACUUGUUGAUCUUGACCUGGGACUUGUUGAUCUGUACUCUGGACUUGUUGGUCUUGACCUGGGACUUGUUGAUCUGUACUCUGGACUUGUUGAUCUGUACUCUGGACUUGUUGGUCUCGACCUGGGACUUGUUGAUCUGUACUCUGGACUUGUUGGUCUUGACCUGGGACUUGUUGAUCUGUACUCUGGACUUGUUGGUCUUGACCUGGGACUUGUUGGUCUUGACCUGGGACUUGUUGGUCUGGGCUCUGGACUUGUUGGUCUGGACACUGGGACUUGUUGAUCUGUACUCUGGACUUGUUGGUCUUGACCUGGGACUUGUUUUUCUUGUCCUGGGACUUGUUGCUCUGGGCUCUGGGACUUGUUGCUCUGGGCUCUGGCACUUGUUGGUCUCGACCUGGGAUUGGUCGGUCUCGACCCGGGACUUGUCGGUCUCGACCCGGGACUGGGGACUGUUUGAUGAUUCCUAACCCGAAGCAGGACUGAAUUAUGUCCCUGGCAGCGCUCCGUACAGACACAAAGCUGUGACCUCGUCCCCAUGUCAUCAUGUUCUUCUCUUUCACAAUAAAAGCCAAAAACUGCAGAACAUGUCUCAUGUCUGUCGUCUUCAUUGUCUGAUAAAUCCAGGAUCAGGCCGUUAACGGGAUCUGUUAGGUGAAAUACAGUCCUGGAUUUAUUUGGUCCAUCGCUGUGACUCUGUUGUCCUUCUUAUGAAUGAGAGCACACUGUACUUUAGACCAUGUAAACAGUGUUUGAGUUCAUUUUAGUUUUAGUCUGUGUUUUCGUAGACGGGUUGAAUUUCCUCUUCUUUCCGUUUGAUCAACUAUAACCUGCCAGAUUAGGACUAAAUCACAGGGUUUGCGAUUUUUGUGACCAGUUAGUGGUGGCAAAAGUAUUCAGAUCAAUUACUGGAGAAAAAGUGGUAAUAUAACACUUUAUAAAUACUCACAUACAAGUACAAGUCCCUCUUCAGAGUCCUACUUAAGUAAAGGUACAGUGGUAUUUUCAGCAAAAUCUACUUCAAGUAUCAAAGUGAAAGUACUCAUUAUAUCGAUUAUAAGAUUAUUAUCACUGAAGCAUUAAUGUGUGAGCAGCUUUUCGGUUUUAACUGCUUUAUACAAAACGUAAGUCUUAGAGACGUUUCUUUCUACGGCUGAGUCCUAAAAGCUGAAUUUUUCCGCACGUUGAGAUUUUUGAUAUAAAUAAUAAUAAGUCUCAAGGCAGGUUGUGUAGCUUGAAUUAUUUAAAAGUGGAUUUCAGAAAUUUCUUGAUGAAGCUGAUUUUCAUUGAAUAAACGUUCCUACUGCACCGACA